GGAUCUCCUUAAAUGCCUCCUGAUCAGUAGUAAGUCCUGUAGUGACAACUUAGUAGUAGAUUCAGGCUAGAGACCAUAGUUGACAGGGUCCCAAAGGAUUCUUUGGUCCUUAGAGAGUCGGUCAAUCAUCUAAGUUAGUCAGGGGCAAGGUAAGUGGUGAGGUGUGGGACCGUCAUUUAGUUGUGCACCUUUCACCAUGGUUGACACGCGAGGAGGAAAGAGCACCACCCCAUACACGAAAGAGCAGGAAGAGAAGUCUGCUGGAGAGGAAGGAGAGAAAGGAGUGGAGGCCAAGAAGCAGGCCUUAUUGGAGGAGCAGGCGGCGAAGAAGAAAAAGCGUGAAAAAGAAAUGGAGAGAUUGAAAAGGGAAGAGGAUAAGCUUAAGGCAAUAGAAGAAGAAGAAGAAGAAGAGGAAGAGGACAUACCCCUGGUGAGGAAUGUAAGGAGAGGGGAAAGAGGGGAAUCCAGUGGGACUAGUAAGGAGGAGAAGAAACUGGCGAAGAUGGUGUCAGAGUGGGUGGCCAACUUCUCCCUGCGAAAAGACGAGAACACGUUUAUGUAUAUCCCCCAGGACAAGAGGGAUGUUGACGCAGAGAUACAGGCCCUAACAAACCCUUCACAAUGGCAGGCCCUAGAAGACGAAAAGAGAAUGGAAUGGAUAUUGCGGCUGAGACGACAGAGGAGAAGGCGCAUUGAAGUGGCUACAGAGUUGGAGAAGUUAGCUGCCACAGCAGAGCAGCAUGCUAAUGCCCUGGCCCAAGGGGACUUGCAAAACAAAGUGGAUGCUAUUGCAAAGAGUGUAGAUGUGCUUAUUCGCGUCCAGCAGGAACAAAUGCAUUUCUCAAAGGGGCAUGACAUAGCUCUACAGUCCAUAAGAGUAGGUUUUUGAGACUUUGCUCAUGAUAUGAUGAUGCGUAUGGGCUCUGAAAUGCAGGCCCGAAUGAAGAACACAGAAAAAA